AUGGUCAAUAUACCCACGCGGCAAGCGUACAAGCCAACCCAUCCAGGCUUGUUCCAUGUCGAAUUUAGCGGCGAGUCGGGCGAGUAUAGCUCUUGUCUGCGCACAGAAAAGAGCUUCAGCAAAGGCCAGGUGAUAUGUCCCUUGGUCAAGACGAUUCCUGCUCCUGUCAAGGCCUAUUCGUCCGUACAAGUCGGCAAGGGAUCUCAGGAUCACAUCGAGCUCGAAUCAGAUCUCGUCUACGUCAAUCACAGCUGUGACCCCAAUGUGGCCUUUGAGCUACCCAAAGAUCGCUCGCGCUGGCUCGUCAGAGCGCUCACAGAUAUACCCCAAGGAGAGGCAUUGACGUUCGCCUACUAUUCGACCGAAUGGGAUAUGGCGCAACCUUUCGAUUGCAUCUGCGGCACUUCGAAAUGCCUGGGACGCAUACAAGGAGCGCGUUACAUCCCGAUGAACACCCUCACAAGGGACUUCAUCAACGAGCACAUUCUCGAAUUAAAGCAAGAGCAGCAGACAGCAGAGCAGAACAAUGUAAAACCAACCAACGGCCACGCCGCAGCAUCUGAUCAUCAUCGCACAAACGGCCAUACGAACGGGUUUGGCGAAUACUGA